UGUGGUAACUUCGCAGCUCCUCAGCUGCAGAUUCUCUUCCCCAAAGCACAUCCUUCCAGAGCCCUGGGAGCGGUUCCUGUGGGGAGAGAGGCAGAGAUCAGCCGGUGCUGCCGGUGCGCGCUGCACGGCAGUGGGAGCGUGUCUCUGUGUCUGUGUGGGGGUGUGUGUGAGUUAGUGAAGACUUCUGACUACACAGCACUCUGCAUGCAGUGUGGCUUCGGGCUUUUCCAAACCUGAAUCUAAGUGGGGUUUUUUUCUUUUUUUUUUUUUUCCCUGUUUUUUCUCUGCCAAGGUAAAUGUCUCUUCCAUUUUAAAAGCAACUUGUAUUGCAAUAUAUGUAGAGGAGACUAUAUAUAUGAUGUGUUCUGGGGUUUUAGUAUAAUUCAUAGAGCAAUGAGUUUAAUCAUAAUCUCCUCAAACCUUCAAACCAGAUGUUAAGGUGAAUUUUUAUGCCUAACUGAAAACUGGAGGGGGCAAUGCUGUUUGCAGGCUGGGUUUUUCCUUCGAGACCAACAGGCUUCUAGCUUCUGAGAGACACUGAGGAGCACUCUUGAGCAGAGUUGUUCGUGUUUGUCGUUUCAGGUGUUUUCAAGCUAACUUUGAGGGAGGACGGAGCGCAGGGAGGCGAUGCCUGCGGGCACCUGGCUAGCCCAGCUGGUCCCUCCCUAGCCCUCCAGCCCGCACCCAGUGUUUGCUGACGGAGGGUGAAGCCCGGCGUGUUUCAGGCAGAUGAGUCACCCGCCGUGCCUGGACCCCAGCCUGGCUGCUGGGGAGAUGCAGUCCCCCAGGAUGGCAGGGAAGAAGCGAGGGCGGCCCCCUCUGCAGCCAGCACCCAUCAAAAUGGCUGUUCACAACCUCUUCUCAGCACCAGCUGGUGCUCUGCCAGUCAUGAAGAUCCCAAAGAAGAGAGGGAGAAAACCUGGACACAAGCUGAAAUCUCGUGUCCUGAUGACUCCUUUAGCAAUCUCUCCUCCGAGAAGCACGCCGGAGCCGGACAUUAGUUCGAUACCCCAGGAUGCAGCUACAGUACCCAACUCAGACACCCCACAGGCUCUCACAGUCUGCAUUUAUGUCAACAAACAAGCAAACCUGGGGCCGUACCUCGACAGAAAAAAGGUGCAGCAGCUGCCAGAGCACUUUGGCCCGGAGCGGCCGUCGGUGGCCCUGCAGCAAGCAGUGCAAGCCUGCAUCGACUGUGCACUCCAGCAAAAAGUGGUCUUCUCCCUCAUCAGGCAGGGCUAUGGAGGAGAGAUGGUGUCAGUUUCAGCUUCUUUUGAGGGGAAGCAGCAUCUCCAGAGCCUGCUGGUAGUGAACAGCAUCGGGUAUGUCCUGCGCUUCCUGAAGAAGCUGUGUCGCAGCCUCCUGUGUGACAAUCUCUUCAGCAACCAGCCCUUCCAGCAGUACAGCGCUGUGACAGACAGCCCAGAGGGCUAUGGAAACAGACGGAUGGAGGCAGAGACAGUUAUACCUGAGGACUACCUGACUGAUGCUCCGAACAGGAAGCAGUACAGUGUGGAUCCUGCCGACGCUGCCUUGGGUUCCAUGGGCUCCAUGUACACUGUGCGUCAGAGUCCUGCAGAUGGACACCCUGCUGAAGGCUCCUCUUCCUCCUGUAGCCAUCGUCCUGCCCAGACAUCUUCAGGGGGGUCCUCAUCUACUGGCCUGCGCCAUCAGACCUCCAGCCCAACAAGGAAUGGGGCCUAUCUCGAAGGAAACACAAGUGCCUCAAGUCCUUCACCUGAACGACAAGAUGCAGCUCGGCCAUCAAGCAAGAAUCCUUUGACCUGGACGGUGGAUGAUGUGGUUUGGUUUGUGAAGGAUGCAGACCCUCAAGCUUUAGGCCCUCACGUGGAGCUCUUCAGAAAACACGAAAUUGAUGGCAAUGCUUUGUUACUGCUGAAAAGCGACAUGAUCAUGAAAUACCUGGGGCUGAAAUUGGGACCGGCACUGAAACUGUGUUACCACAUUGAUAAGCUCAAGCAAACCAAGUUCUAA